UCAUGCGAUUCUCUAUAUCUUCGUGCGGAACGGUGACCCGUAGUGCAUCUUCGCCCAGGUCAGAGAAGUGUGGCGCACCUUCGUGACCCCGGCGCCCUUUCUUCGCAACCCCAGCGCUCCCUGUUCAUGACACCGGCGCCCUCCUUCGGAUGAUGUCGCACGGCCCCGAAUCCUACCCUCGAUUCCUCCCAUCGCAUCUCUUGACCAUACUUUCCCUCCUGUUCUCCCACUCUCUCCACAGCACGUUGUCGUAUCCUGCGAAAACUACACUCGGAGGUUAUGCUGACCACAAAUCAUCUAUAGCGGUCGACGAGCUUCUCGUGCGCGGUCAAGGAACUUCUCAUUCGCGGUCAACAUGUUCACCCGAAGGACUGCGACGUACGCGCGAAGAGCAUCAACGGCGCCCGCGACCUGCCCUCUCUUUACGUGCGAUGUUGAUUUCGCGUGCGAGCGCACGGCUCGACGCUGACGCGCGGUUGGUGUUGCAUGCGAUGAUGCGCCACACAAAGGGCGCGCAUGCGAGGUCAAGUACGUCUUCACGUCGCCCUCGAGUGUCUUCUGAAUAUCCUCGGGUGUCCUGACGGUGCAUGGCCUCCCGCGUUAGCCGCUGCAACAAUGGAAAGGCGUGCGAGGGCUCGGUACGUCUUCAUAUGCCGAGGCUACGCGUCUUCAUGACCGAUAUUGGGUCUCGCCCGCCUUGAUGCGCCAUGGUUGAUCUUGCAAUGUAAAU